AUGUCAUCCAUCUCAAUCGCAACUCUCCCCCGCAUGGGCCGCGAUGUUCUAGCGGGCCUGCUUUCAACCGGCGAACCAAGCAAUCUAGCGAUCAUCGACGUCCGAGACUCAGACCACGUUGGUGGCCAUAUCUACUCAUCGACUUGGGUCCCCAGCUCAACGCUGGACGUGCGCAUGCCCGAGCUUAUUCGCACUCUCAAAGACAAGAAGACGGUUGUAUUCCACUGUGCACUCAGCCAGCAACGUGGUCCCUCUGCUGCCCUUCGAUAUGCGCGCGAGCGUGAAAGCUCCCUUGGCGCGCAAGAGAGCCAGAAGCAGCAAGUAUUUGUGCUCGAGGGAGGGUUUGUGGAAUGGCAGCAGAAGUAUGGCAAUGAUACUAAGCUGACUGAGGCUUAUGCUGCGGAUAUCUGGGAGGAAUACUGA